AUGCAAUACUCUUCCGCUCUUCUCUACGUGGCCUUCGCUGUCACUUCCGUCUACUCCCACGGUGUCGUUACUGAGGUGCAGGGAGCCAACAAUGUCAACAUGCCCGCGCUGUCCGUGAUUGACGGUACUCCUCGUGACUCCCCGAGUCCAUUCUCCGGGGCCGAGGCCGACACUUCGAUCCUCAACCCUGCCCAGGCCGCUGCCAUGCCUCUGGGAAAGACCUCCAAGGGCGCCGUCGAUGCCAAGAACGUGAUGGCUGCCUUCAUGAGCGGACCAGUCAACGUGACCGCCCGCGCCAUCCACGAAGCGAGCAGCCUCUACCGCCGCGCCGCCGUCACCAACCCCAAGGGCGUCGCCACCCCCAAGGGCACCGUCGAGGGCGGUGUCGCCGCCGCGGCCGGCGUGGGCGCCAUGAUGGGUCUCCCCACCACCGACGACAACGGCAUGAUCUCCAUGACCAUCCACCAAGUCAACCAAGACGGGGCCGGGCCCUUCUCCGCCAUGGUCGACCCCACCUCGGGCGGCACCGACGCGGCGGCCUUCAAGCCCGCCACCAUGCCCCAGAACGUGCCCGGUAUCGGGAUCGCCGGUAUCUCUACCGCGGCCGUCAUGGACUUCCCUGCCAAGAUGCAGAUGCCGGCCGGCAUGACCUGCUCCGGCACGAUCGGGGACGCGACCAAUGUCUGCGUGGCGAAGAUGAGCAACGGCCCGCCCCAGUUCUUCGGCGGGAGCAUCGCCUUCACGCAGAGCUCGGCGGCGAAGAAGCGCGCGAUCGAGUACAACAUGAAGAUGCGCCGCAGUGCCCAGCUGGCGCGCCGUUCGGAGGAGUAG